ACAAAGGAAGCAUUUUAAAGAAAUUAUGAAAAACUAAACUAAAGUCAUCAUCUUAAGGCUAUUAUAUAGUUCUCUCCGUAUCAAACUGUCAUCAAAUCCAGCUUCUCUUCCCCAGCUUUUUUUCAAUGGCUGAUCACAAAGGUCGUUCUCAGCUUUCAUUUCCAGUACUCUGUCCUCGGAAGUAUGACGUCUUCUUGAGUUAUAGAGUUGAUGAUACGUCAAAAACUUUUGUAGAUCAUCUCUACUCAACACUUUGCCAAGUUUGGAUCAACACAUUCAGGUCUGAGGAUGAACAUGUUUCGUCUCAUGAAGUCCCGAAUGCAAUUGAAGGAUCAAUCAUUUUCAUAAUUGUUCUCUCAAGAAACUAUGCAUCAUCUAUAGAGUGUCUUAACGAGCUUUUGCAUAUUCUUGAACUCAAGAAGAAGUCCAGACGGUUAGUUCUUCCUAUAUUCUAUGAUGUUGAUCCUUCUGAUGUGCGUAAGCAAACUGGAAUCUUUGCUGAAGCUUUUGCAAGACAUAAAACUCCUUCUCAAUCAGAACAAAGCAUUCAACUCUGGGGAGCUGCACUCAAUCAAGUUGGUAAUUUAUAAGGGUGGGAUCUCCGAUAUGUUGAUGAAGGGUAAUAUUUCUUUUUAUAAUUUGAUUCUUAAUUUAUGGGUACUUCCAUUUUUUUUGGUUUUGGGGCGAUAAGAUCUGUUGAUACAAUUUGUUUUCUGAUUUCAGCUAAAGCAGACUGAAUAAGUACAAUGUCUUUCAAUUAUUUUUCUUUAUUUUUUGC